AAGAAAAUAUACACCAUGUUACCUUUAUCGAGUCUGCAUCAAUUAGUAUCAGUGAUAUUGUUCAUUGCUUCUUUAACAUUGGGACAGCAGUCGCUUCCAUGUUCUAAUACAAAUCCUUGUCGUCGUUUCAGAGUCGACGAACUCUACAAUGAACCUACGUUUUACCAAUCACGUGCCCGAAGACUUGACAUAACUAUGAGCGUGGAAAUGGCAGAAAUCCGAUUUGACUGGUUAAAGAUAUGGAGAAGAACUUACAACGGAGCUAUUGGUGGACCAACGUGGAUGGUUUACCCUGGAGAUACACUCAAUUUAAGACUGGAAAACAAGCUCGGGCCGAACCCAGUAAAUGACACGGGACCAAAUACUUAUCAUAAGCCAAACACAACGAAUAUCCACGUUCACGGAUUGCAUAUAUCACCUGAGGGAAUUUCAGACAACGUGUUUUUGACGGUAGAACCAGGAGCCGUACAGCAAUACCAGUUCAAUAUACCAGAACACCACCCUGCUGGUACAUACUGGUACCACCCCCAUUUCCAUGGCUCUGGAAACUUCCAGGUAUCUGGCGGAAUGGCUGGUCUGAUUAUCAUUCAAGACAACCCUUAUCAUUUUGAUACACCUUACGAACUACGUAUGGUGUCCUGCCCGUUAAAUUGCAACCAUGAUAUGCAAAUGCUGAUACAACCGACAUUACAAUACAAUGAGAACGCACUUCCGAAUAUUUUCGGUGAAAUUCAGGAACAAAUUCAAGACGACCCACUGUUCAGAAACGAACAGUACGCAGUACCUGGAGCUGAUGGCAACCUUGCACAAUGGUUAUUUAACACCACGAACGAAGUAAACUACUUUACCGUAAACGGUCAAUUAAAACCAAGGAUGUACUUUCGUGCGGGUCAAAUGAAACGCCUACGAUUCGCUAACGCCGGGGGAGCACACGCUCUGGAAUUAGAGGUCAUUUCGCUUUCAAAUGGAAGAAAAUGCGAAUGGAGAGAGAUUGCAUUGGAUGGAGUAUAUCUACCAUCGCCAAGAGUGUCCAGAACCGGUCAAUCCCUAGUUUUGCCAGGCGGCCGAGUAGACUGGUUGUUAAGAUGUGAUUAUCAAGGCGUUUACCAAAUCGUAUCCACGGUGAAACCGUUGAACAACCCGACGAUGGGGCAGUUUGACAGAUUCAGUGGCGUUUUAGCAACAGUGCAAGUAUAUGGGGGAAGCGUUGCUUUUCCAUUAGACUUCCCUCUUACCCUCCCACCACGUCCACAAUACAUGCCAGAUCUAAGAUACGUGGGUGACAGGGAGAGAGACCAAUUCGUGGUAGAGAUGGGAACACGUGACGGUUUGAACCGAGAACAGUUCCCUGCCGAUCCUUCUAUAAGAAUAAGACACAAAAUGCAGUUGGGACGACUACAGGAAUGGACUUUCGUAAAUCCAAACCCGUUUCUACUUCACCCGAUGCAUAUCCACGUUAACCAUUUCCAGGUGAUCAGCUACAACAAGUACGACGGCCCAAUCAUAUACAACCCAGCUUUUUUCGCCCCACCAGAUGACGGGCCAGGUGGAAUGCCACAGAAUCAAACUGGCCCGCCCCCACCGGAGCCAGUUGAAAGAUUUGUGGACCAAAACGGCGACUAUUGUGAAUACCAAUACGAUGGCUUCAUGCUUGAAGGUCAAACUCCGGCCAGAGCUAACCUCUCUUCUGUAUUGAACAUGCUUGGCCACGACACGCGUUACUACACUGGACCAGGUUUUCUCGGUUACGCUGAAAUCGGGGAAUACCGGGAUACGAUACCAAUUCCACCUCUGUCUAAUGUUACGAUUCGAUUUAUACCUACUGAUUACACGGGUCGAGUUCUAGUGCAUUGUCAUAACACUGUACAUUCUGAUCAAGGAAUGCUCCUCAAUGCUGAAAUCGUGCCUGCAGGAUCGUCCACAGCUGGAGCAAGGGUGCCAAGUAACAACGUGUACCCUGGGACAUGUCACCCUGGCGACUGGUAUCCUGGUGUACCGAAUCUGCCACCACCUUCUACUAUAGCCAGCACAACGACUGAGCCGACGACGACGACCACUGAGUCUACAACAACAACAACAACAACAACAACACCAACAACAACAGCCACGCAGCAACCUUUAGACUUUUUGGCGUUCGCUACAUGGCUGCUCACCAAUUAUCCAACAAAUCUUGCCGAUUAUUUUAGAAAUCCCAACAUUUACCACGACUUGUACAGACAGUCUCUGUCAGGGUAA